CUUCGCCGACGGUGGUGUGCUGUGUCAGUUGGUUUUGGAACCGGGGUGGCGGCCUUCUUAAGCGCGCGCGCCGGCACUACCGGGGCCGCGCGUUGACGUUCGCGUUGCGCUGGCGCCGACAAUGGUCGGAGACAAGAUACCCCUGGUCACAGCCCUGCGGACGGUUCCCAUCAACUCGAUACAGCUGCAGAACCUUCGCUUCCGACCGGGCUUGCUCGAACCGACCGCGAUGAAAGUGGUCAAACUGCUCAAGUUCGAGCGCAAGCUCAACUCGACUCGCAUCGACGCUGCCAUCGGUGAAGCCCUAAUCAAGGCAGCUGAGAAAGGAAACCUACGUGAGUUCGAGCGCCUCUUCACGGCCGACGAGAAGCGUCUCCAGUUCCGCGACAGCCGAGGCCGGGCAGCCGUUCACCACGCCGCGGCCCACAACCGGGUCAACAUCCUCGACUUCAUCCUGAAGCACGAUGGCGACUUGACGAUGCUGGACUACGAGGACAACACGCCCCUGCACGCCGCGUGCGAGCACGAAGCCUGCGACGCCAUCACUUUCCUCAUCGAUAACGGAGCUAACACGAGCGUGCUCAACAAGAACGUCCAGAGCCCGCUGCACCUGAGCACGCAGCUCAACAAGGUCAAGUCCCUGCAGGAACUUGUCAAGCACCGAGACAAGCUCGACACAAACCUAAGGAGCAAACACGGACGCACGGCCCUUCAUCUGGCUGCCAUCUACGACCACGCGGAGUGCGCCAGGAUACUGCUGAGUCAGUUCGGAGCUUCGCCAAAGAUAACAUGUGACAACGGCUACUACCCCAUCCACGAAGCGGCAAAGAAUGCAUCGGCGAACGCUAUCGAAGCAUUGCUGGAAUGGGGCGAGUCUAGCGGCUACUCCCGAGCUGAGAUGAUGAAACUCUACGACGCCGAUGGCAAUGUGCCUCUCCACUCAGCCGUCCAUGCCGGAGACAUAAAAGCGGUUCAGCUGUGCCUGGAGAGCGGCGCGCUGAUCAGCACCCAACAGCACGACCUGUCGACGCCCGUGCAUCUGGCAUGCGCCCAGGGCGCCAUGGACAUCGUGCGUCUCAUGUUCCAGCGACAGCCCGACCAGCGGGUGCACUGCCUCACCUGCAGCGACGCCCAGCAGAUGACGCCACUGCACUGCGCCGCCAUGUUCGACCACGUCGAGCUCGUCGAGUACCUCGUCUCCGAGGGUGCCAGCAUGAACGCCACGGACAAGGAAGGCCGCACGGUGAUCCUGCUGGCGGCGGCGCGCGGCGCCUGGAAGACGGUGACUGCCCUGCUGAGGCUGGACGCCGACCUGAGCGUGAAGGACAACCUGCGCCGCAACUUGCUGCAUCACAUCGUGCUCAGCGGGGGGCUCCUGGACGACUUCUACGGGGAGAUCAACGAGCGACUGAAAGACUUUGCCCUGCUGCUCAACGAACGCGACAUCCAGGGCUGCACAGCGAUGCAUUACGCUUCCAGGAACGGCCAGCUCAAAACAAUCGAGAGCCUGCUUCACUUCGGCGCCAUCGUAAACCUCAAGAACAACGACAAUCAGUCACCCCUGCACUUCGCUGCGAGGUACGGUCGUUACAACACGGUUCGCCACCUGCUCGAAAGCAAAAAGGGUCACCUGAUCAUCAACGAGAUGGACGGCGAGGGCAAGACACCUCUGCACAUAGCUUCUCAGAAUGGACAUACCAGGGUGGUCCACCUACUCCUGGUCAAAGGCGCACUACUUCACAGGGACCACAAGGGAAGGACUCCUCUCCACUACGCAGUCACCAACGGCUUCACUCACACCAUGGAACAGCUACUAGCAGUGCAUUCACACCUGCUCGAUCAGACUGACCGUGAUGGGAACACAGCCUUGCACUUGGCCGCCAUGCACAAUAAGGCGAACACGGCGUCCCUUCUGCUGAGCCUCAACUGCAAGAUUUCUCACAACGAGCAGGACUUCACGCCCAUAGACUACGCUCUACACUAUAAGCACAGCGAGGUGACCAUGACCAUGGUCACGCAUCCGUCCAGGAGUGAAGAAGUGAUGAGCUGUCGAACAAAGCGGUAUACGUGCCUCGUCGAAGGACUUACGGCAGUGAUGCCAGAAGUCAUGAUGGCUGUUUUGGACCGGGGGAUAACCAAAUCCAAGUACAGUCAUGAUUCCACUUCCUAUUAUGUAAAGCAUAGCUUUCAAGCCCUUCAGAAUACGGAAGGCGUUGGGGACAUCGUACCUGAAACUGAUCAACCUCUACCUGUGAUGAAUAUUAUGGUGAGAUAUGGGCGCGAAGAACUCCUGUCUCAUCCCCUGUGUGUCAAGUAUUUAGAGACAAAAUGGAACUCGUACGGGAUGUAUUUUCAUAUGUUAAACCUCGCCGUGUAUACCGUGUUCUUGGCUUUCUUGACGACGAACGCCGUGCAGCUCAUGAGUGAGAAAACGGAAAGAGAGAAUUUCACGCAAGUCACGUCAGAGCAGCUCGCCACUGCUUUUGUCCAUCCAUCCACCGCUACCAUGGUCGCUUUGACGUCUGUGAUUGUGCUGGCAUUUGUUGGGUUGAACAUUGUAAAGGAGUUUUACCAGAUGUAUCAACAGCGAGCCAAGUACUUCUUGGACAUCAUGAACGUCUUGGAAUGGACACUCUACAUUUCCGGUGGUUUGAUGGCUGCCGGCCACCUAUCGACAACUGUGGUUGAUCGAAGCAACCAGUACAUCAUGGCCGCGUUGGCCGUGUUCUUAGCGUGGUUCAACUAUCUGCUCUAUCUGCAAAGGUUCAACCGGAUCGGCCUUUACGUCGUCAUGUUCCUAGAAAUAUUGUCCACGUUACUAAAGGUCAUGUUCGUCUUCUCCGUUCUAAUAAUUGCCUUCGGCUUGAGCUUCCAUAUUCUCCUCGCCAAAAUUGACAUCAAUGUGAAAACGCCGGUCGUUGACCCCUACACAGGAAACAUCACAAUGCGAGCAAUGAACAUGAGCGACAAGGGUUUCCACAACCCGCUGAUAUCCCUAGUGCGUGUCGGCACUAUGAUGCUCGGGGAGCUGGACUUCCUGGGCACAUACCUUCGGCCGAUGCGUGCCUUGGAGUCGUCGGCCUGGUACCAGAUCGUGGCCGCCACCUGGUUUCUCGUAGUCUUCAUCGUACUCAUGCCUAUCCUACUAAUGAACCUGCUCAUCGGCUUGGCCGUCGGCGACAUCGAAACCGUCCGCCGUAACGCACAACUCAAGAGGCUCACAAUGCAGGUGGAGCUGCACACUGACCUCGAACGCAAGCUGCCUCGUCGCAUCCUGACCAUGGUUGACAAGACCGAAGUCUACGUGUACCCUAACCAAAAGGGCUCUUCGUCUUAUGUCUGGCAGACAAUACAACGCUGGUUUGCUAGCCCUCGAGAAAACGGCAAACGAGGCAGAGCGUUUGCAGGUGGUGGCGGAGUGCCGGACAACUCACUUCAGGAGCUGUGCGUCGAGCUUAAAAGGCAGAAGCAAAGAAUGAAAGAGAUGUCGAGGGCUUUGGAACAGCAGCUCUCUCUAAUGCGGCUCGUCGUUCAUAAGUUGGAGAUUCGAACCGAGAACGACGAGAUGGACGAAGGACACUUCGAGAACAUCCAGGACCGGCCGCUUAGCGCGACGACGCAGAGCAGCCUAUGAUCUUUCCAUGCCGCGUGCCGCUGCGCGAUGCCAUCUGUGUGUCUUCAGAAUGUUCUGUGCGUGAUAUACCUACAGAAAUCACUAGUAACACAUAUUUCACCGAUGUUCGGGGCGAUGAUGCAAGACUUUCGAAGCACACGUCAAGGGCGUUGUCGCUGACGAAAUUCUGUAUAAUUCUGUGCUUUUCUUUCGAAUAAACUGUCGUUUUAUAUUCGGUAUGAGCGCAUAUGAUUUGAAUGCGUUCUCAUGUGGCUCCAUGAGGCUAUUGGAUAUGUGGCUUGUGUCAUGACGUUCUUUAUCGGGGCUGGAAGGUGUUAUAACAGGUUUGUCUAAUAUCUCGGUAAUUUCGUUAUUUUCAUUAUUUGUUCAACAUUAAAUAAUGCCCAGGUGCGAACUACAACUAAAAAAAAGAUUCAAGUGCGACACUCAACAUAUAAUGAUUUAUCUUUCCAUAGGAGGCUAAGAUCACCAGCCACCUCUGGCUUGUUCACUGCUUUCGGCGAGCUUUUCUCUGCCAACGACAUACGGCACCACUGCUAUUUGUGCUUUGAACCAAUAACCAUCUGUACGAGCACACCACAGCAUUGUUCACUGACAUUCAUUGUAGAAUAAACAUUCAAUGCCAUUGAAAAUAAACUUAUACAGUUUAUAUAUAGUCUACAGGGUCUUGGGGAAGGUUAUCUGGCAAUAAGCUCUAAAUAGACACUAAAGGUCGGGCAAGAUUGAAGGAUGCCUUCUGUAAUAACAAAUUCGUCAUUUGCAGUGAGAACAGAGCUCUGGUGAGCGAGAAAAUGACGAAAAAAGAAAGUAGGAGGGGCGCCAUCUAUUUUGGACUUCGGUACUUCUCAUGUGACGUCAUAAAAUGCGGUGGAGAGGGCGCUUACGUAGGGAUUAGGUCAACUCGUGCAUUUUGGCGCGGGUGUUUCAAAUUGGGGAGCAGCUUCGGGACCUUCUGUGCCAAUUUUCUACGCAACAGAAUCAUAAAUUUGGCCCAGAGUUAAUGACGACAAGCUUUUAGACCAAUAAUCCAUCAACCUAACAUCGCUUAACAUUUUCCCUGAAUUUCUCCAAGUCCAAGGCUUCUAUCGUCGUUCUAUGGGCUCUCCGAAAACUAUUGCACUCACCUUUGGUGGGCAUAAAUUACAUUCACGUUUAUAGGUAUUGAUCUAAACCCACCACAUUUCCCUGGAUUAACAGCCUUUGGAAGGCAGUGAUAUUGGCAAAUGGAAUACAUGUGUCUUUUUUAGGGCUACUUUAUUCUUUCACGCGACACCUUCGAGCUGUCUCCACAAAAAAUAGCGAACUGUCAUCUCGGCCAACGUCAACAUAAUUCUGCUGAAGCCUACACGAAAGCGUUUAGUACGUCUCUAUCGAUAAAGGCCCAUAUCUUUUAGUCCAUAAAAAGUCAUUGCCGCUAAACGCUGCGAUUAUGAACGCUUUGUUUCAUGUUACCGUGCGAGUGACCUCACAUUUCCAACAAACGGCAUGUGACAAUGCUCCCAAUCACAUUUCUUUGCUUGAUUGGUCAAAGUCUUGCAUCAUCUGCGCCACACUCAUACGAUAUGCGAACGUGCGCCAUGACAUGUGACCAUUACUUUGCAAUUGUUGCACAAGUGUUUACUAGUUGUGUGGGUAUUUUUAAUCUGUUGGCUCAUCAACAUCGUACAAACAUAAAUAUAUGAAUUAGCUGUGCUCUGUCACUAUUAUUUUGUCGAAUCCGGUGCUGAGAGUUGCUUUCUAAGGCUACACUUGAAAUAAUUUUACGGCGCGGUCAUCAAAGCAUUUCACUAACCAAAGAAGUUAUUGUAGAAGAAACAUGUGUUAUGUUCUUUAAGAUAAGAAAAACAUUCGGAAGAUGUGUUUGGAAUCUACAUUUUUACGUCAGUUGCUGCAUGCAACCCCUAUCAGAGUAUAAAUACUGAUGCAUUUAAACAACCUGUUUUCUACUUUAACACGCUAUUACCGAACAACCAUUACACAUUUAGCUCUUACAAAUCAUUCCCCAUAUCGGCUACUAAGUCGUUUACUUCUAAAAAUUGACGAUUAUGCUUAGUGUGAAAAACAAUGUUACUACAUGCAGAUUGCCAAAAGCCUGAACGAAUGGCUAGCAUUUCUCAUAAGCAUGUAGGCGAGGUCUAACUUGUAUGUAGGUUAAUUUAUUACCGUUCGUAAAAGUUUUCCGAACUAUAGGACACUUCUUUGUAGCAUGCUCUUCCUCUAUGUAUUGACUUGGUCAUUCACGUCACGAAGUAUUUUUUUCUAUAUGGAACAGACAUACUGAAGUAUGCAGACCGUUGUAACUUUAUUAUGUGAAAUGUUACUGUACUUUCGUUUCCAAUAUAAACACCCUAAACCAUGUUUUUUUUUUUCUUUUUUGACCGAUUACUCUUUCCUCGUCACUUCGCGAAUGCAAUUUACAAGGAAACAGAAGUAUGAGUGUUUUCAGUGCCCUCAUAACGUGUGAAGUAAAUGGCUGGAUCAUGAAUUCGUCACGUGAUGCUGAAGCACCAUUAUUCUUUAGUGUUCUAACAUACUUGAUGCUACUUGCAUAUCUUUCUGGUUUAGCCCACUUCUUGUAUAAGCAAUGCGAAAAUUUACGUAUCGACCUAACUAUCAUCAAAUGAGCGGGGGAGUGGACUAAGUAAUGUUGAUGUUUGUUGAUCGAAGUGCUCACAAUAUCUGCGAAUGUAUGAUUCAGCACAGAUGUCUUUAUUUUCGACCCAGUUUACCGGUGCGUUCUUCAAGAAAUGCGUAUAUUUUAGGCCGAGAAAACUAACUACGGAAUACUAUUUCUAAUGACUGAAGUUUAGCGCACGUAGUAGCUCGAAACAUAUAUUACUUUAAUAAUGUUGUGAAUGUUGGCUCGAGACCAUUGCGGCCAAGGUCCUUCCUGAGACAGUGGCGGCAUCCAGCGUCAACUAAAUAUAGCAUCGUCCUAGAGACUCGGAUCUCGGAGACCACGGCUCCUGAUCGAUAGUUUUGGCGUUUUCCCGUGAUAGCUCCAGGCGGCGCGCGUGCCUCGAUUGGACUCUCGAUGCGAUGAGAAAGCCGCCGGAUAUUUCAACAGAGAAGUGGUAUGCGCAGGACCGCGGUUCGAAAAUUGAAAACAGUAGAAAGAAAAUGUGCUCGAACUUGGCGCUCAUUUUUGGGUAUUCAUGCCGUAUGCGCGUCUUACUUCCUUAGCCGUUGUUCAAUUGACAGUUGCUUCAAUCGAAACACUCAUUAGUUAAGUCACUCAUUAGAGCCGAAAGUUUACCGUUGUGUUCCUAUAGCACUGUAAUGUACGAACGGGUGUAUUUUUUUCAUGCAGUCAUAGAACACAGUUUGCGCAUUCUUAACUAAAAGAAUCGUCGUAACAUUCUCUUCUUGCGAGUAUUAAAUUAGUAAUUCACUAAUAGGCAGUCAUCCUGGAGAACACGAGAGCAGUCCGUGGUAUUCAUACUGUGUGUAGGUAACCUAACCUAAACCGCAAUAACACUGUAUGGUUAACCUAAGCUGCUCACACAACAUCAGGCAAGUUAAUAUAUAUGUAUAUAUAUAGUGCCCAUACAACAGGCUUUCCAGUUUAAAGGAUCGAUUCAGCAUCAUUACCUGCUCAUUCAUUGUUCGAUAUGAUCAAGGGCAAUCAAAGUUGCUUUUCAAUGAAACGAGCACCUUAUAUGACCAUAUUGGAUCAUUGAAUGUGGUGGUUAUGGACCUUCAAUUGUUUUAAAAUCUGCGAACUACAUAGACUUGCACGCUAUGAAGAUUUGGUUACUAUACACAAGCACAUGUUGGCUCAAUUAUGUGGUAUGACAUUUCAUUUUCAGAAGAAGGAACAAAAGCUCAUCAAAGCGGUAGUUCUGAGAGUGUGAGAGGGUCCGAGAUAGAGUUACAAAUAUUUUUAAUGAAUCAUUCACGAGAUUCAGCACUUAUCUGCGAAGUCCACCUGGUCAUUUUGAACGUGUUGGAAGUGUCGAAUGGAAUGUUUAUUUUCUGAUACUACACUGAGAUUGUUUAAAUAAAAAACAUGCAUUGUUAUGUCGGUGAGCUUCGAAGAGAGCGUGUAACGCUAGUAGAGUGAGCGCAUAUGAUUUAAACUGUGAUGUACGAGCAUCGAUCCACAUCAUCAUCCUGUGCCACCCUGUAUUUGAGAACGCGUGUGAUCUCGAUGUAAGCGACUGAGUGAACGUAAGCGAAACGUUUGUUAGAGCCUCGAAUAGCAUAGAAAAAAACGAGCUUAGGCUUCAGUUUAGCUUGUAAAGCAUAUUAGAGAAUUGCAGACGAAAAGUUUGCAAACUUUUUUAUACGCGACCAAUUUUCGACGCGAGAUGUUCAUUUUGUGAGACUGGAAACGUGUUGAAACCGAAGUGCACCUUUUAGCUUGUAAAAGGAUUCCUGACGUUGCCUACUGAAGACAACGUGGACCCAUCAGAUUAUUCCACACGUCGGUUUUAUUGCCUUCAACUGCGUAGAUAACUGCGUAGAUUGAUAACUGUGUGGAUAACUGCGUAGAUAACUGCGUAUAUUGAUCGGCAACGCAGUUGCCGAUCAAUUGAUGUUCAAUGAACACUAAAUAGCGGAAGUGUAAACCAAGAAAGUUGAUGUCAGGGCCCCUUGAAAUGUAUAAGAUGCUUAUUUUCGAUUGAAACAAACAAUGCGCUGAAUGCGAAGUGUUGUCCUACCUAGAGCUCGUGAUAUCGCUCUCCCGGAAGAAUUUUACUCGAGUUAGGUGACAGUCUAGUACCACUAGCGGAGACGUGUCUAUAUCCUUCAGCGGCCUGGACAGCUUCCUUCACUUCGAGCUUAUUUUGCAGGGAAGCUUGCGAUCACAAUCAGUUGCGUCAUGGCGGGGUUUCACACCAGGACUGCUACCUCGAAAUGCCAGAUUAGCGCACCGAGUGUGAACUUGAGGGUCAUCUCGAAGGAGAAAAGCUCUAGAAGUGUCGAAUGUCACGUUUCUUAGACUACGACUGUCUUUAAAUUUCUGAUAUAAACAGAUGCGAUAAUCCCGAAACAUUUAGAGUUGAUUACCAAAUUUUGUUUGGUUUAUCGCGUAUUUGUUGAAUUCAUUUGCUCGCGAGAAUUUUUGUGCCCGCAAAAGUGUAUAAACUACUUGACCAAAGAGCAUCUGCGCCGCUAACAUCGAUUUCUUUACUAAAAUUAGUGAUAGUCUAACUUUGAAUACUCCCCUAUGUUCAUGGAAGUGUAAUGUGCAGGAUUUUUUUGUAACCGAAGCUGCUAAAAGUUUUUCAACACCAAUGUUUUUCUUUUUUUUUCCAAAUCAUAUACGACAUAUAUUAACGCUCAGUGCAGUAAUCACUGGUGCUCACACCUAUCGCUAAAAAGUCUCGAUGAGCAGUAAACAAAAUGUUGUACAUUUCAAUGUUUUUUUUUUUCAUUACUUUUCUGGUGGUAACGCUAAGGUGUUGCUCGCGCUGUAAGCUUCUGCAUAUUCGGUGACACAAAAAAUGUUUUGCUCUAAAUAAAGUGUAGAAAACAGAACAACGUAAACAUAUUUAAAAUUUUAACCAUACGAGCUCCGCGUAAGAUUUGUGCAUAAAGUUUCGUCGAGAACCAGGUGGCAGAUUACGAAGAAUCGUUUACACUCGUCUCCACUAGUUAUUCAACACUCAGUUGCGAAACGAAAUUUCACGUUAACUGUUUUCUGCGUAACCUAAGAGGACCAUCAGAUGAAAACUUGUUCCUGUUCACGCAAUGAAGUAUAUGUAUGUUUAUUUUUGCAAAAAUUGUUAUUCACCACUAUGUAAUAAAAUCAUCUAGAUUCGA